CUCUCUCUGAUCAGGAAUGUGGAAGCUUUCUGGAGUCUACUCAGUCAGCGCUGCACGUUGCUGCCCCACGCAGGAGUGAAUAAGUGAUCUUUGCCUCGGUUAAAUGUAUUGAUGAGGAGGAAGUGAUUUGUGAACUGAGCCCUUGGUCACUUUUUGGGAUUUAUAUUCACUGUCGAAGGCGUUUUCUUUUUUUCGUCUCCUCUCUUCGGGUUAAAGAAAAGUUUGCUUUAGGACCAAGCACAGCUGGAGUCAGCAGAUGGAAAUACGCUCCAAGUGUUCACCGAGCCCACCUUUUUCCGGAGGUCUCCCAACAUGGACCCAGAGUCACUGAGGAGGUGAAGACUGCUGGUGUUAAAUGCUCACUGCGAGGCGUCCUGCACACAGCGACUGCUCCUAAAAGUGCUGUUAGUUCUGUGACUGUGUGAAGCGUUCACAGACUGUUUACCAUGGCGUCCAGUCUGACAUGUACGGGUGUUAUCUGGGCCCUGCUGUCCCUGCUGUGUGCUGCUGCCUCCUGCGUCGGCUUCUUCAUGCCCUACUGGCUGCUGGGGACACAGAUGGACAAGCCUGUGUCCUUUGGCACCUUUCGUCGCUGCUCCUACCCUGUUAGAGAUGAGGAGAGGCAGGCCACCGUGAUGCUGGAGCAGUGUGGGCGCUACGCCUCCUUCCACGGCAUCCCCAGUCUGGAGUGGAGGAUCUGCACCGUGGUGACAGGCGUCGGGUGUGGCCUCCUCCUGCUGGUGGCGCUCACAGCUCUCAUGGGCUGCUGCAUCUCUGACCUCAUCUCUCGCACAAUCGGGCGUGUGGCGGGAGGCAUCCAGUUUGUUGGAGGGCUGCUCAUAGGAUCUGGCUGUGCACUCUAUCCUUUGGGAUGGGACAGUGAGGAAGUACAGCAGACCUGCAACAACAGCUCGGACCAGUUUCAGCUGGGUUCCUGUCAGAUCGGCUGGGCAUAUUACUGCACAGGGGCCGGGGCGGCGGCUGCCAUGCUGCUGUGCACCUGGCUGUCCUGUUUCGCCGGGAAGAAGCAGAAGCAGUACCCGUACUGACAGGAAGCAUCGGGGAGGCGGGGACAGGAAGAGACCUCGGGAGGUACGACGGCGCGGGAGGGGACUCUGACUGUAUGGACUCAAAGCAGUACAGCACACCAGGCACCAAAGACAGCAAGUCAUUCUGGUGCUCUGCACAUCAUGGACACUACUCGUCAGACAACUGCAGGGACUGUUUCAUUAUGCAGCACAAACACGUGGCUUUGAAAACUGGGUCUUCUCUUACAAGCUGUUCUUAAAUGAAAUAAUGUACGGACCAAUCCUCUUUGUAAAAAAUAAAUAAAAAAAAUGUUACAUGACUAUUUCUUUAACAAAAAAAGAAUAUUCUCUCUUUUUAUGUCUUCCUCCUUUUCCCUCAAUGUUUAUGUGAUAGUGUGCCCUGUGAUGAAGAGAAAAGUAAUAUUGCUUCAUUGUAACGUGAAGUGUUUCUGUCUCCUCUUCAUGUCUCAUCCUUGCCUUAAAUACAAACUGAAAUGCAAUAACCCUUAUAACGUAAAGCAAUCCAACUCUGGCUGCCUGCUUCCUCGACUCAGCCUGUACAGAUUCCCAAAAAGUCUAAGCAGAGUUUAUUUAACACAUUCAUAAGAUAUACGUUGUGUAUGAUAAUGUAUUUUAUCAUAUUAGCACAUGUUUUGUAUUCACUCUUCAAUUUAUUCUUUGUCAUUUUACUUUGUUUUUUGUAAAUAAAUGUUUAUUGAAUUCUG